AUGAAAACUUCGCAAAGUAGGCAUAAGAGCUCUCAUGACAAGAGAAGGGAUGAUCUUGAAUUUGAGGAAGGAGACCAUGUAUUUUUGAGAGUUACUCCAGUGACCGGUGUUGGACGUGCAUUGAAAUCGAAGAAGCUUACGCCUCGAUUCGUUGGUCCGUAUCAGAUUUCAGAGAGAGUAGGAGCUAUUGCUUAUCGGGUGGCCUUGCCACUUAAUCUUUCGAAUUUGCAUGAUGUAUUCCAUGUUUCACAACUUCGGAAAUAUAUUUCGGAUCCAUCUCAUGUGAUUCUAAUGGAUAACAUACAAGUUCGGGAUAACCUUAUGAUAGAGACAUUACCGGUGAAGAUUGAAGACCGUGAAAUGAAGCAGUUGAGAGGUAAAGAUAUUUCUCUCAUGAAGGUGGUUUGA